AUGAAUCGCGCGACGUCCCUUAUCAGGUCGGCACGGCCGCUGAACCUCAGACUUGCCACAUCAUCACCUGUUUGCUCAAGCUCAGCCCCAGCCCAAUACCCUGCAGUGCGAUUCCUCGCCACCAAGCCGAGCAAAAGCAGUCAUCAUGAGGGCAUCCCAGCAACACCAAAGACGCUUGAGCUCUUGAAGCAGACACUCUACGACAAGAAAAAGAAGCUACGGGAUAUCACGGAACGCCAGGCUCUCGCAGGAUCAAUAAACACCUCAGAGCCAACAUCCGAUCCAACAAGUUCUUCGCCAGCCAUCAAAGUAUCCGCAGAGAAUGAGAAAUCUUCCGAUCUACAGGACCAUAAGCCGGAUCGUACUAUGCCAAUCUUUGCCAGUCCUGCAGACAUGACGGUCCGACUUCCCAACGUUAUUCGGGAUUUCUCUCAGCCAGAGGACGCAGAAAUUGUCAAGAUUGCCAUCAUUGGAUCACCUAACGCAGGAAAAUCGACGAUUGUGAAUGAUCUUGUCCAGAGCACUGUUUCCAUUGUCUCUAUUCGAGCACACACAACAAGGGAGCGGAUCAAGGCUGUGCUGACACAUCAGAAUAAGCAGAUCGUGUUAUAUGACACCCCAGGUGUUGUUCCUGAGAAGAAUGUGUCAAGGUUGAAUCGUGAGUUGGUCACGGCUUCUUGGAAGGCCAUUGAAGACGCCGACCAUUUACUGGUGGUCAUGGAUUGCAACAAACUGCUGGAUCACACCCUGAUCACAGAGAAAUAUAUCUUUCAGCGACUCGAAAAGUUGGAAAGGAAGCCACCAGCGACUAUUAUCUACAACAAGAUGGAUCUAGUCAAAGGAAGGGAUGAGAGAUUGCAGAAUUUUGUACAGGAGUAUAGUCAACAAUACCCUAACUUUGUCAAGACCAUAUACACCAGCGCGCAGACACCCAAGGUUGGCAUCCAGGAACUUCGAUCACAUCUCCUGUCACUCACACGGCCAGGACCGUGGCUCUAUCCUGCAGAUCAAAAGACAGAUCAGGCUGAUUUGAGCCGAGUUGAGGAUAUGAUUCGGUCGGAGCUGUAUGAAUUGCUUAAGGUGCCUUAUAAUGUCAAACAAGUCAAUGUUGGAUGGACAGAACUCGAAGAUAAUGUAUUGAGAAUCGACCAAUAUUUAGUGGUUGACCGACCGGGCUUGAAGAAAAUAAUUGUGGGCACCAAUGGCUCCGCGAUCAAAGAUCUCACGCUAAAUGCAAGGCAAAAAAUUGGCAAGGCAUUGCAGAGGAGAGUCAUGCUCAAUCUUCAAGUGAAAGUAAAGGCCAAGAAGCAAUAA